AUGUCAUCGGAUCCUGUCCCAAGGUACCCAGCUGUGAGACCAGGAGGAGAUGAAAAUGAUGAUGACGGUGACGGUGGCGAAGACGACGACAAUGAUAAUAAUGAUGACGACGAUAGUGGCAGCGGGAAAAGGAAGGGCGAGCGAAGAGGAGCUUCUAGGCAGACUUCUUUACUUGCGAUGCGAGCAGAGAAGCGUAAGUGGUUUCCAAAGAUUAUUCCGCCUAGAAAGAGAGCUACAGGCAUUACAAGAAAGCGUGAGCCACGCAAUCAAGAGGACGUCUCGAAAAAAGCGCUACCAAUACAAGCAGAAGGAAUACAACAAUACACACCGCGCCCCAAUAUAUUGAACAUAAUUCAAGGAUCAAGGCUGAGAAAGUGGCCAGAGAUAGAUCUUCGAGAGAUGAAUAUGAGGAUGAUGAGGAAUUCUGAGGAAAGAUACCAAGUAUUAGAAUGA